AUGCGUGCGUCUCUUUCCCUGCGUUGGGCUCUGGGGCCGUGCCGAGCGAUUUCCAGUACCUUCGCAGGUAGUCAACAGUUUAAGCCGUCGCUCCAUCGCGUUCAGCCGGCUUCGCAUUCCGCAUUUCACCACAAUCUGUUUGGCUCUUGUGUUUCGCGCCUCACUCGAGCAUAUGCCACCAGUUCCUCUGCCCCGUCUCCCGUUCCCGUUGUCCCGUAUUCGUCCUUGACAGUCGGAGUGCCUCGCGAGAUUUUCCCGAACGAACGCCGAGUCGCUAUUACACCUCAGAAUGUCGCGUUGCUGCGGAAGAAAGGCUUUUCGCGCGUGCUCGUAGAGCGCGGUGCCGGAGAAGCGGCUCAGCUACUAGACCAGGAAUACGAAAAAGCUGGAGCUACCCUAGUCGAUCAAGCUACCGUAUGGACCGAAAGUAACAUCAUCCUCAAAGUACGAGGACCACAGCAAGAUGCCGCGUUCAACGAAGUCGAGGCUCUGAAUCCAGGGAGCACCGUCAUUUCGUUUCUCUACCCGGCCCAGAAUAAGUCCCUUGUAGAAAAGAUCGCUUCCCGCGGCGCAACUACGUUUGCUAUGGAUAUGGUUCCGAGAAUCUCGCGUGCUCAGGUUUUCGAUGCUCUGAGGUAG